UCCUUUAAAAUUGUAGAAAAGACUUAAAAAGUCUUUUUCGUACCUUUCAUCCGAGAUUUCUUUUAAAUAACAUAUUAGAGCAAUUAGCCAUUUUUCAUUAAUUUUUUCUUUACUUUUCUUAACAAUUGAAUUAUCCUUUCGUAUCCCUUUUAAAUGUUUAAGGAACAGUUCUAAAGAAAAUCUUUAACUUAGGCCAGCACAGGGUACACAUACUCACACAAACUUCCCGCUAAAAAUAAUCCAUAAAAUGGUGUUCAUCCCAUAACGAAUGAAGGACUUUUCUCUGACACAAAUGAGAAUCCUUUUUCGUCCUUGAGGUGGCGCCCACCAUUGUUGGCCGUGUAUGACAGAAAUUGCAUAGCUGAAGGUGCGUCGCCAUUGUGUGUCCUGUCGUGUGAAUUUUUUGUCUUUCACACAAAUCCGUGGAGUUUCGUGCGUGCGUGAACUCCACACAUUUCCCAUUUGUUCGUGCUUGUGUCCAUGCCACGUGGGCACGAGCAGUGGCUCCAACGUGCAUCGCAGCACCAGAGGGCACUACGGAUGGCGCUCAAGGGUGAGCGGGAGCGACAGGUGCUGCCGCCCAAUUUCCACCUGAAUAUCCUGCAAAUUGUUACGAGUUGCAGCACCGGUACCACCGAAACGCAAACACAGGUGGGCGUUAAGAAGAUCACGGAACACAUUCAGGCCGUUGGGGAGCCAAAAGCUGCAGAAAAACGAACUAUUCGGAGGCUGGUUGUACCCCAGGCAGCUAGGCCAGCAUGCGUAGCAGCCAUUAGUCAGCCAGUGAAGCCUGGGAAAUUCCUCAUUCACAGCAACCUGAAAUUGGUAACGUCCCAACAACGGCGGGAAACAACGGAAACGACGACAACCCACGCAAAAGCAGUUAUGAGUAGCGUGGUGAAAACACCCACAACGACUACAAUUGCCAAUCAGAUUACCCCACAGAGGCAAGUUUACCUCACAGGAAUACCCAUUCUGACGGCAGAACGACGCCCUGGUGGUGACACUGUGGCCAAUAUUCUUGUAAAGAGUCUCCCUCGUGGUGUUCAUGCCCUUCAAGUUCGUAAUACAGAUGCCACCUAUCUCAUCCCAGUCUCAUGCCCUGAUGUCAGUAUUCCCGUAACAAUUGUUCCACGUACACCAACCGUGCAAGUUACACCAAAACCACGUCCAGAAGCAGAUCCUGCACUCCAGGAGCAACUUUUGGAAUUUGAUAAAGUCUGCAAGGAAGUCAAGGAGCGUAGUGCUCCUGUACGUACCCCAAAGAAGGCAACCAAAGAGGCAGCAACACGGCACAACGAUGAGGAGCACAAGCAUGCAAAGAUCUAUGCAAUACUCGCUGAAUAUCACAAAAAAUUGGCCAAUUCACCGGAUUUGAACAAUAAGCCAGCACCACGAAGGCGCUCUGCACCAUCAAGUGGUGGGGCUGUUGUUGCCAAACGAAAGAAAGUCGCCGUGGCUGUCCAGAGUACGGCUGAACGAGCUGCAAAGCGUCCCCCAAAGGAACCUGAGAGCUCAAAUGGUGCUCUCGUGAACUACGUCAGCAUUGUGCGUCCACUCAGGAUCGCUCUAGGUGGUCAGAGGCUUGUGGCACUAUCUAGUGCCAAUUUACCAACAGCUGCAAGUACAACCGUACAGAAUCAGUGCAAUUCCCGGGCUAAAGUUCUCGUCCUGGACAAACCAUCGGGGCAAUAUUUGCUGAAGCAACUCUCCGUGUCACCAGCAACCAAUGGUGGUGCACCCAAAGUACCCGAGAAUGAUUCCUUCCGACAAAGUAUUGCAGCCGAUUGCGAAGAUCUCGGUGUUGAUGUUCCCAAUGCAAGUGAUCUCUUCCCCGAAGCUGACUAUUUGCUCGAUGAAGCAUCUGAAUUUGGAGCUGAGGAAGUUAUCGAAGCACCCCCAGGGGAUACCGUCAUUAGGACGCAAUAAAGAUUUCAAUGACAAUGACAAAAACAAAA